CCCUCGAACACCAUGCCAGGAUACACCAAGUCCCACACCUACUCCUCGACCUUCGAGCCCAACCCCUUCCUUCUGAAGAAGUCGGUGCCGUCCUCCACUCAGCCCGAGGCUACCAAGUCGGAGGCUUCCCCCGCCCAGCUCCUUGCUAAGUUCCUUGAGGCACACCGCGCGCUCGAGAACUACAAGCAGGGCGAAUCGGUUGUUGUCGAUGGCGAGACCCUUUCCAUCCCCGCUGUCACCGCGGUAGCGCGGCACAGCGCCAGCGUCGUGCUCGACGACGCACCACACAUCCAGGAGCGCGUCCUCAAGAGUCGCCAGGUCAUCGCCGAUAAGGUCAAGAGCGAGAAGAGCGUUUACGGCGUCAGCACAGGUUUCGGCGGAAGUGCCGACACUCGCACGAAUGACCCCCUGACGCUCGGCCACGCCCUGCUUCAGCACCAGCAGGUGGGUGUGCUGCCUUCAGACACGGAGGCGGCGCCCACCGCCCUCCCGCUCCUCGACCCGCUCUCGUCGACGAGCAUGCCCGAGUCGUGGGUCCGUGGUGCCAUCCUGGUGCGCAUGAACUCCCUGAUCCGCGGACACUCCGGUGUACGCUGGGAGCUCAUCGAGCGCAUGAACGCCCUCCUUCGCGAGAACAUCGUCCCGCUUGUCCCGCUGCGCGGCAGUAUCUCCGCCUCCGGAGACCUUUCGCCUCUGUCCUACAUCGCGGGCGUUCUCAUCGGCAACCCGUCCAUCCGCGUCUUCGAGGGCCCGAACACGUUCAAGGGACGUCGGAUCGUGUCUUCCCGCGAAGCGCUUGCGGCGCACAACGUCGAGCCUAUCUCGCUCGCAUCGAAGGAGCACCUCGGUAUCCUCAACGGUACCGCGUUCUCCGCUUCGGUCGCGGCGCUUGCUAUCAACGACGCUGUCCACCUCACACUCCUUGCCCAAGUCUGCACGGCCCUCUGCACGGAGGCCAUGGUGGGCGCCCGCGGCUCAUUCGACCCGUUCAUCCACGCCGUCGCUCGCCCGCAUCCCGGGCAGGUCGAGGUCGCCGCCACGAUCGACAACCUGCUCGAGGGAUCGCAGCUCGCAGUCACCAGCGAGGACGAGAAGCACAUCUCCGCCGACAUCGGUGAGCUCCGCCAGGACAGGUACCCCCUGCGCACCGCGGCGCAGUUCCUCGGCCCUCAGGUGGAGGAUAUCCUCUCUGCGCUCGCCACCGUCACCCUCGAGUGCAACUCCACCACCGACAACCCGCUCAUUGAUGGCGAGACCGGCGAGAUCCACCACGGCGGCAACUUCCAGGCGAUGUCUGUCACGAACGCCAUGGAGAAGACGCGUCUCUCGCUCCACCACGUCGGCAAGCUCCUGUUCGCGCAGUGCACUGAGCUCAUCAACCCGGCGAUGAACCGCGGCCUGCCCCCCAACCUGGCUUCGACCGACCCGUCGCUCAACUACCACGUCAAGGGUAUCGACAUCCACGCGGCGGCGUACGUUGGAGAGCUUGGCUAUCUCGCCAACCCAGUGUCGACGCACAUUCAGUCGGCUGAGAUGCACAACCAGGCAGUCAACUCUCUGGCCCUCAUCUCGGCCCGCGCGACGAUCAACUCGCUCGAGGUGCUCUCGCUGCUCACGGCAAGCUACCUCUACGUGCUCUGCCAGGCGCUCGACCUGCGCGCGAUGCAGCACGAGUUCCAGCUCGAGGUCGACACCAUUCUCCGCGAGGAGCUGACGCGCUUCUACGCGCCCCACCUCUCGAACGCCGACCUCACCGCGCUCCUCCCGCUCAUCUCGCGCCAGAUCCGCCGCUCGCUCGAGUCCACGAGCACCAUGGACGCGUCCCUGCGCAUGCGCACCGUCGCCGCCUCGACCACCACCCCGCUUGUCGACUUUUGCGCACAGCGCGCGAGCCUCGCCGCGCUCGACCAGAUCGUCGAGUUCCGCCAGACGAUCGCGCAGCGCAUGCUCACCGCGCUCACGGGCCUCCGCGAGCAGUACCUCAGCGGCGAGAAGGGCCCCGCGCCCGCGAGCGCGUACAUCGGCCGCUCGCGCCCCGUGUACGAGUUCAUCCGCGUCACGCUGGGCGUGCACAUGCAUGGGGGCGAGAACCUGCACAAGUUCCAGCACGGCCCGGGCGUGGACGAGCAGACGAUCGGCCAAAACAUCUCGCUCAUCCACGAGGCGAUCCGGGACGGGAAGAUGCAGGAUAUCGUGGUCGGGCUGUUUGCAUAGAAUGAACGCUGAUUUUUUGCAAUGGGAUGUUUCCGGUUUCGAGCCCUGUUGUAUAUCUUGUUGCGGAUGCAGACCCCGCCUGUAUUUGUACCUAUACCCGACUGCCUCGGAUAGAGCUAGAAUAAAAGAUUAUUCCCC